UUCAGACAAGAGUGCCCUAAAUAACCCACAAACACCCACGUCCCAACCAGUUGAGCUCAUUUAUAUUCAUUGAAGGGUGAAGAAAAUAAGGAAGGGCAGGGUAAUAUAACUACGUUCAGGGCAUCUAUAUUUUCAACCAUAUCGAUCCCGAGGGGGGAAGAGACUGAAAAACAUGCAGCUGGUGUGGCAACUGCAAAGUUUAAUCUUUGAAGAGGAACUUCCAAAAUCUGCAAAUUACAUGAACUUUUUUAUGUUCUUUCACAUAUUAAAGUGGACGAAGAUAAGGAGCUUUCCUGCAAACCCAAGACCAGCUACUGUACUUUCAAGAUUCCAACUUGAAUUCAGUUUCUUUAAAACUAGAGAUAUAGGUACGCAAUUAUUGAGUACUCUGCUUCUGGGUUUUCUCUUUUUCACAUUUUGGUUAUCUGGUUACUGCUGCAUUCUCUCCAUUCAUAUAGUGUAGGUAUGAAUCUUGGUGUUGACUGAAAUUUGAGUAUAUGAAUCGAACUGUAGCAUGUUGAUCUGUUUUUUGGUGUAAAGUUCGAGUUUUUUUAUCUGGGUUUUACUUUCUGAUCGACAUUUGGAACUGUAUUUGCUCAUUACUGGUAAAUCUUGUGUUUUUAGAGGCUGUUUCUGUUCAUAGAAUCCGGGUUACUAGAAAAGGAGUUAUGUUAGAGUCGUUCUAGCCUAGUUUUUUGGAAGUGGAUUUACUCCUGGCUUUGAGUUUGUCAAUACAGUCUUAAGGGUUGAAUUUUUGGCAUUUAGUACUAAGCAUUUGGCAUGGUGCAUUGUUAAGAAAGUUUAAAGAUUUUGGUGUUCUUGAUUCCCAAAUUUGGUGCCAAAGUUUUGGUACGUGAUCUGCUGCUUAGUUAGAGAAAUAUGACUUCAGUUUUACUCUCUCCAACUUCUUUGCCUUCUGUGAUUUCCCCUUCAUCCAUUCACAUAUCACCGCCAACACCUCCUUCCUCACCCCCAUCAAAUUCCUCUAUCACUUCACCACCUACUACCUCACCUCAGCUUGAUCAGACCACUUCAACCCCAUCAAAUUCUUCAGCUCCGCCACCUCAAUCCCCUCCUCUAGCUGUCCCUGAUGCCCCUCCCCCCUCAUCACCCUUGUCCUCUCCACCAGCACUGCCAACUUCACCUCCACCAUCACCACCAACUUCGCCUCCUCCAUCACCACCAACUUCACCUCCACCAUCGCCGCCAACAUCACCAGCUCCCUCACCUCCUGUAGUGCCACCACCAUCACCUCCAACGUCAUCCCUACCAUCUCCACCUCCUCUAGUUUCAUCCCCACCUCCACCACCAGGUGGUUCUCCUCCUCCUCACCAAGCCUCACCACCUCCUCCUCGCCAAGCCUCGCCACCUCCUCCAGUUGUAACUCCACCUCCACCUCAGGUCAUUUCCCCUUCCCCUUCCCCACCUUCUCCAGCCAAUAUCCUAUCUCCACCUUCACCGCAAGCAAAGUCACCUGCAAACUCUCCUCCACCACCUGCAACUACACCACCACCAUCUACUUCUCAGUCUCCACCCCCACCUACAACAGAUUCUCCCCCUACACCAGCAUUGACAUCUCCACCCCCUCCAGUUCCCUCAACCUCUUCAUCUCCUGCAAUUCCACCCCCUGCUGCUCAUAGCAAUUCAUCAGGUGGAAGUCCUAGUUCAUCACUCUCACCUGCCAUCCCCACAAAGAGACCAACUGUUGCCAAUGGGACCAACUCAACUUCUGGCAGUUCAGGUGGUUCAAAAACUGGAGGUGCCAUUGCGGUGGGAGUUAUAGCUGCAUUUGUUGUUCUUGGUCUUCUUGUGAUGGCUGUGUGGUUUGCACAGAAAAAAAAGAAAAGAAAUGCUAGGGCAAAUACUGGGUAUACAAUGCCUUCUCCAUUUACCUCCUCUCAUAAUUCAGAUUCAGCAUUCCUUAGGCCUUAUUCUCCUGCUCCUCUAGUACGAAAUGGUUCGGAAAGUGAUUUCAUAUAUUCCCCAAGAGAGUCUGGUGGGAUAAAUAAUUCAAAGUCAUGGUUCACAUAUAAUGAACUGGUCCAGGCUACAAAUGGGUUUUCAGAACAGAAUCUCUUGGGUGAAGGUGGAUUUGGUUGUGUAUACAAAGGUGUCCUCACAGAUGGAAGAGAAGUGGCUGUGAAGCAGCUAAAGAUUGGAGGUGGACAGGGAGAGCGUGAGUUCAGAGCAGAAGUGGAGAUCAUUAGCCGUGUACAUCAUCGCCACUUGGUUUCACUGGUGGGUUACUGUAUAUCAGAACAUCAAAGAUUGCUAAUCUAUGACUACCUCCCAAACAACACCCUUCAUUACCAUCUCCACGGUAGAGGCAGGCCAGUCAUGGAUUGGGCAACUCGAGUCAAGGUUGCUGCUGGUGCAGCUCGUGGGAUAGCUUACCUCCAUGAAGACUGUCAUCCCCGCAUUAUUCAUAGGGACAUCAAGUCAUCAAAUAUUCUUCUUGACGACAAUUUUGAGGCUCGGGUAUCAGAUUUUGGACUUGCCAAGUUAGCAUUGGAGCUGGACUCGAAUACACAUGUGUCAACACGUGUGAUGGGAACCUUUGGAUACAUGGCUCCAGAGUAUGCAACAAGUGGCAAAUUAACUGAAAAAUCUGAUGUUUACUCCUUUGGGGUUGUUCUUCUGGAGCUAAUAACAGGUCGCAAGCCUGUUGAUGAUUCUCAGCCUCUGGGUGAGGAGAGCCUGGUUGAAUGGGCUCGACCAUUGCUUACUCAAGCGCUAGAUCAUGACGAAUAUGGGGAGUUGGUAGAUCCGAGGUUGGAAAAGAAUUACAUGAUUCCUGAAAUGUUUCGAAUGAUUGAGGCAGCUGCAGCUUGUGUGCGACAUUCAGCUGCUAGAAGGCCACGGAUGAGUCAGGUGGUGAGAGCUCUAGACUCAUUGGACGGGUUAUCAGAUCUCACAAAUGGAAUGAAACCUGGCCAGAGUGAGGUCUUUAAUUCAGCAGAGCAGUCUGCACAAAUCAGAAUGUUUCAGAGAUUGGCAUUUGGCAGUGGUGGUCAAGACUACAGCACUAGUUUCUUUAAUCAAACCCAGAGUAGCUGGACGAGUCAAGAUCAUGGGAGUCAGGGUGGCUGGAGGAGUCGAGAUUAUCGGAGAGAAGGUAGCUGGAGCCAAGAGCAUAGGGACAUGCCUUAAUGCCAUGAAUGCAUCAGGUUGUGCAGGUCGAGACAUGUUUAAUUCUCUGCCUUCCAAAGGUGUUGUGCCUGAUGCAUUCUCAGACUUCAAAGGCACAUUACUUGGAAGGGAUGGCAAUUCAUCUUGAUUCUGGAAUGAGUUUCAACUUUCACGGGGUGCAUGGAAUCAGUUAUAGCCGCUCAUUUCAUUUCCGUGUACAUUCUUGUGCAUUUUAUCUUGUUUUUGGCUUCCCACUUCACUUAGCUUCUCUCUCUCUCUCUCUCUCUCUCUCUCUCUCUCCUUAAUAAAAGAAGCACAUAUGAUUUUGCAUGUAAUUCCUGAAGUUGUAUUCUUGAUGAUUUAGAUUGAUUAAUACAAGAGUUCAAUACAU